GUCUGCCGAAGCUUUCUAGCCUUCUGCACCUCAGAAGGGCGGCGAGUCAUUCCCGUCAUUAACGACCGCGCCUUACAGGGCGGUCCAAAGGCUGCUCGACGCCUCGCCACGCUGGUGCACCCCUCCUUCAUCUACAUGGUUGCCGUCAAGGAGCAUGGGGAGGCUGCAUGUGCAUUUCUGGAAGCCAUGCUCAGCGAGUGCCCCUCGGAGUUCAACAGCUUGACGCGCGUCAUGGUCAAGAAUGCCCGCUUUGUCUCUGCGACACUUCUCAUACGCCUCCUGAAAAGAGCGGCGAGGCUCAACGAGGUUAAGAUCCUUACGCGACUGGAUCGGCCCUUGCCAGCAGAGUGCCUUCGGAGCGUGGAGAGUCUCUCUGCUCUGGUGCUCCACUCGACCGAAGUCCUUGGCUUCCCAUCCCUUUUUACGGCAGGGCCCCUGGCGGCUUUGCGAUUCGUCCAGAUUGUUGACAGCCCCCACCUGAACUUCGACAUGCUCCUGGGGACCUUUGCGACUCCAUGCCCGACGGGCGUCCACGUGCAGCAUCUUCAG